AUGAAGUCUCUGAAACGCCCCAGUGCUAAUGAUACCGAAGAAGAUUUACUGCAACAGCAGCAUCUGUUGUUAAAGAAGAAAGCUGAAGAAGCAAAACAGCCGAAACGCGCUCCUCCAAAGUCAUCGUCUGUGGAGAAAAGCAAGCAAUUGAAUAUACGGGCCGGUCGUUUUUGCCUCGACAUUGAUGCGUUGUUUGAAGCGGAAGCUGGAACAAGUGUGAUUCAACAGCUACAGGUGCAGGAACGAAAUGCCGAAUUCGUGGAUGAUUUUGACACAUCGAAGUGCGAUGAAUAUGCCAGGGAAGAUGGUUUCCCCGAAGUUCUGGACCUGUCCAGGUACAUUUCUUACAUUGUUGUCUUGUUUUAUAACGAAAACUUUAUUGCUUUUUUUCGUGAAUACCAUUUACGUGAGGAGAACUAA